AUGAUGAGUUAUGACACAGAGAUUACUGUUACUGCUAGUACAACUAGCGUCAACAGCAACAAUCCUUAUGUUUACAUUUCCUCUGCUUCCCCUUCCCCUGCAGCUCACAAACGUUCCAAUGCAAUGGAUAAAAUACAUCGUGCAAUGAAUAAUUAUGGCAAGAAGGUUCAAGAAGCAACUAAGCAAGCUGAGAUCAUGGUUGACAAUAUAUGUAAUCACUUAAGUGUUAGUUCUAGACCAGCUGAUGCUGCACUUGGUAAGCUUAUUCAAGGAACAAAGGUAAUUGCAUCAGGAGGGUCUGAAAAGCUAUUUCAGCAAACAUUUGGGGUUUUCCCAGGAGAGAAGCUCUUGCAGCCAUAUGCAUGCUAUGUAUCAACAAACUCUGUACCUCUCAUUGGAACGCUUUAUAUAUCAACUAAAAGAUUAGCAUUUUGCAGUGACUAUCCACUGUGCCAUCAUCCAUUCUCCUUGCAGCAGCAGAAGCAGCAUCAAUGCGUUUAUUAUAAGGUGAUAGUGCUGCUGGAUCAGUUGAGCAAAGUCUGUUCUCCCACAAAUGGAUUGAAAUCAUCAGAAAAACGCAUGCAGAUUAUCACAACGGAUGGCUAUGAGUUCAAUUUUACGGGGUUUAUGUCAUAUGACAAGGCUCUCAAGACAGUAAACGAGGCUCGAAAGCAUUAA